AUGAUUACAUCGGAAGUACCUGAGAGAAGAGUGAGGAGACGCCUUGGUGGUGGUGGCAACCCGCUAGAUAAUUCUGUGGUUCAGAGUUCUGAACAAUCUACAGAGGAUCUUGAUAUAGGUAAUCUUCCUUCUGACUCAACCUCUAUCUCUGGUGGCUUGGACUCCUACAACAACAUCUCAGAGUCGUUUGCGGGUCAUCAUGGAUCCUCUAGUGUUUCUGUCCUCAAUUAUGACAAUGACUCUGAGGAUGCUGCAUUGCCUAAUCCAGAAGUUUAUACGGGAACAGUAUCAAACGACCAAGUAGCAGUUAAUACUGUCAACGAGGGAGAAAGCUUGGUAAAUGGGGACUCGAGUGCAGACGCAGGAAAUCAUGAUGCGGACUCAUCCAGUCAUACAUCUUCUGAAGAAGCUGACCCUCUCGAGAGAAUAAAAAAAUAUGUAGAUGAAGUUAAGGCAAGCGAAUACUACAUCCCUGUUGCAGUUCCUGAUAUGACAAUGUCGCACUUGGUGGCCUGCUUGUCAAUAGAAGAUCUGACCACGAUUGCUUACAAUGGUUGGAGUCUUGGAAACUUAACCGAGGAGGAGGUCCGUUCCCACAUAGAGGGACUUAUUCGUAAAGAGGAAGCUGGGAUUCCAGAAGAUACCAUUUCUAGUCGUUUAAAGACUAGAGUUUAUACUCCAUCAGCGAAUGGCUUGGGCACAAAAGGAUCCACAAGUUCAAGUGACAAGCAGGAGAAGUGCGGCAUAUGCAUGGAAAAGUAUAAGAUGAAUGACAGCAUUGCUGAUCUUUACUAUUGCGAGCACGACUUCCAUGCAGAUUGUAUUAAGGAUCGGCUGCUAGAAACGAAUACUUGCCCGAUGUGCAGAUCAUUAGCUAUCAUACCCGAUCAUUUUUUCGAUUGGAAGGGUGAUGACCCAAGGAUGCACCGUGGCUAUUUCAAGCGGUGUUAA